CCGGGAAUCUCUCCGGGAAUAUCUUCGCUUUCGGCCAUUCUGUAUAUAUAUUUUCACACACUCGCCCUGCCCUAUCAUUGACGUUUCUCUAUCUCGAUCUUCAUCAAGGGUUUGCGUGCCAUAGAUCUUUCUACGUGUGUCUGGAACAUCUUGUGUCCGCCUGUUAUGUAUUUGAUAGGUAUUUUGUGAGAAUCGUGCCAGUCGGAGGUUUCUUGCCCUGAUUGAAAGCAGCAUAUCACAGAAUGCCCCCCCCCCCGGCGGUAUUUGUUUUCCGGUCAUCGUUCAAGAUACCGCUGACAGAUUGACUCUUCAGUUCUUUGUGGAACAUUACCAACCGUAUAGCCAACAGGCGAAAUGCACAUGUUGCUUGCUACGAAUCGCACCCAUCUGCCAGUUGUUUCAAACUAACGGGGAUCUAAUAAAUGUUUUCCUCCGCUACUGUUUUGCAAGCCCAACAGCUUCUUGACAUGUCCUUGAUAGAUGCUAGUUGAGGGACGGCGUCAUUGGUAACGUGUUCAGAGAAGCUACACUUCCUGAAUGCAAGAUAAUAUAAGGAGCCCGAAUGCAUUAUUCAGGAUGCUCAAAAAACCGCAAAAUCCCUCAAAAUGAGUCUUUUUCCAUUCACCUGUAUUGUAGCUGCCUUCGUCCUCUCGCUUCCUUCGCUUGCCAGCAUAGGACCUAUCACAGAUCUUCUCGUCGUUGAUGCAGCCGUUUCUCCAGAUGGAUUUACACGUCAGGCCGUCCUCGCGAAUGGUGUAUUUCCCGGGCCUCUCAUUUCAGGCAAGAAGGGUGACAACUUCAAAAUCAAUGUUGUGAAUGAGCUUACCAACGCCGAUAUGCUCAACACUACCACAAUCCACUGGCAUGGAAUAUUCCAGUCUGGGACCAACUGGGCUGAUGGCCCAGCCUUCGUAAACCAGUGCCCCAUUGCAUCAGGAAACUCAUUUCUAUAUGAUUUCUCUGUCCCGAAUCAGGCUGGCACCUUCUGGUACCAUAGCCACAUUUCCACCCAAUAUUGUGACGGCUUGCGUGGUCCACUUAUUAUCUACGAUCCACGCGAUCCUCAUCGCCAUUUGUACGAUAUCGACAAUGAAGGGACUGUCAUCACUUUGGCGGAUUGGCUACACACGAUGGCACUAAAGGGUCCUCAAUUCCCGACUCCUGAUUCUACGUUGAUCAAUGGCAAGGGACGUUUUCACCUUGGACCACCAUCGGAGCUGGCCGUCAUUACAGUACAUAGGGGCAAACGGUACCGUUUCCGUCUGGUCGCAAUGUCGUGUGAACCCACAUACACCUUUAAUAUUGACCAUCAUUCAAUGAACGUUAUUGAAGUGGAUGGCGUGAACCACGAACCUGUCGAGGUUGAUUCCUUGCAGAUUUUAGCGGGUCAGCGUUAUUCUUUUGUAGUGAAUGCAGAUCAGCCGGUCGGUAAUUAUUGGAUACGAGCAGAACCCAAUUUUGGUUUGACGGGUUUUGAAAAUGGCGUAAAUACUGCCAUCCUUCGCUACGUUGGAGCUCCUCCAAUAGACCCUAAGACCAAACCAAAUAACUGUUCCCGCUUGCUGAACGAGGUUGAUUUGCAUCCAUUGGAACAUCCAGGCGCACCCGGAAAGCCCUUUCCUGGUGGUGCUGAUUUAGCUUUGAACCUUGACUUCGGUUUUGUGAAUAGCACACCGGCAUCCUUUACCGUCAAUAGUGUAGCCUUUGUUGCUCCCACAGUUCCUGUCCUGCUCCAAAUCUUGAGUGGUGCUCAAUCGCCCAAUGACCUAUUACCAUCCGGAAGCAUCUAUACCUUGCCAAGUAACUCUGUAAUCGAGAUCAGCAUGCCCGGUGGAGUUAUUGGUGGUGGACAUCCCAUCCAUUUGCAUGGACAUACUUUUGAUAUCGUGCGUAGCGUGAAUAGCAGCACAUACAAUUAUAAGAACCCGGUUCGCCGAGAUGUAGUAAAUAUUGGUACAACCGGAGAUAAUGUUACAAUUCGUUUUGAGACAAAUAAUCCGGGACCAUGGUUCCUGCACUGUCACAUUGACUGGCACCUUCAAGCCGGAUUCGCUAUCGUCCUGGCUGAGGCUGUUUCGCUUGUGACAACUUCCAAUCCCGUACCUGAGAGUUGGGAAAUGCUCUGUCCGGAUUAUGAUGGCUUGACGUGAUCGGACUGGUAGUAGAUAUGAAUGUGUGCGAGAGUUCCACAGUCGGUACUGUGCACGAACUGGCCAGAUAGUCGGUUAAUCCCAAACACAUUUUGUUAUCUCUUAUGCUGUUCUGUGUCUUACAGAGCCCCUAAUACACUUCACGAACUUUGUGAAAUAUGUCAUGACAUGGUCUAUCCUAAUCAAGUUUUCGCUCAGACCAGCACUACUAUACUA